AGAGAGAAAUUUAAUAUACAAAUGGCGUCGAAAGCUUUCUUGAUUGCAGUAGCUAUGGCUGCUACAAUUGUCGCUCCAACAAUGGCAAAGGAAAUAUUGGUUGGAGGUGCAGAUGGUUGGAGAUUGGGCAUUAAUUAUCAGGCCUGGGCUGAUGGAAUUGAAUUUGACGUUGGAGAUACCUUGGUGUUUAACUACGUGGCUGGAAACCACAAUGUCAUCAAAGUAAAUGGGACCGACUUCCAACUUUGCGCGGCGCCGCUCGGCGCUGCACCUUUAACCUCCGGUCAUGAUGUGAUCCUCCUCGCCACUCCCGGAAGGAAAUGGUACAUUUGUGGCGUUGCCAAUCAUUGCCAGGCUGGACCAAUGAAGUUUGCCAUUACUGUCCAGGUCCAGGGAGGUAGAUCUCCUCCAUCUGCAUCUGCUCCAGGAUCUCCUCCAUCUGCAUCUGCUCCAGGAUCUCCUUCAUCUGCAUCUGCUCCAAGUCCUGCCUCCCCAUGUUCUUGAAAUUCUGGAAUUGCUUCCUCAAAAUAUUCCUAGCUUGUGUUCUAUGGGACACACCCUUUGAUGUCGAACAUCAUCCAUUACGGAUGAGGGGCUUAUAGGAUAUUGUCAAUAAAGUUGCCCAAGAAGUCAUUUGGAUUUCUUAGUUGUGGAGGGGUAACCGUCGUGGUCUUAGAUUGUUAUUACAUUUUCUAGUUGUAUUUGUGUUCAAGUUUUAAAUUACUACUACAAUAAUCGGACGAGUUGUUGGAGCAGCUUCCUUAAUUGUUCUUUAAUCAUAUUUAGUA